UCCCUGCUUGGGCGCCGCCGCGCGAGCGCUUCCCUUCCCCCUGCGAGCGCCCGGAUAAUGUCUGAGAAUGUCCAUUUCUGGGACGCUUAGCAGCUAUUAUGUCGACUCGAUCAUAAGUCACGAGAGUGAGGACGCGCCUCCAGCCAAGUUUCCUUCCGGCCAGUACGCGAGCCCCCGGCAGCCGGGCCACGCGGAGCACCUGGAGUUCCCCUCGUGCAGCUUCCAGCCCAAGGCGCCGGUGUUCGGCGCGUCCUGGGCGCCGCUCAGCCCGCACGCGUCCGGGAGCCUGCCUUCGGUCUACCACCCCUACCUCCAGCCCCAGGGCGUCCCGCCGGCCGAGAGCAGGUACCUCCGCACCUGGCUGGAGCCGGCGCCGCGCGGCGAAGCUGCCCCGGGGCAGGGCCAGGCGGCGGUGAAGGCGGAGCCGCUGCUGGGCGCGCCUGGGGAGCUGCUCAAACAGGGCUCGCCCGAGUACAGUUUGGAAACUUCGGCGGGCAGGGAGGCCGUCCUGUCUAAUCAAAGACCCGGCUACGGGGACAAUAAAAUUUGCGAAGGAAGCGAGGACAAAGAGAGGCCGGAUCAAACCAAUCCCUCCGCCAACUGGCUGCACGCUCGCUCUUCCCGGAAAAAGCGCUGUCCCUACACCAAAUACCAGACGCUGGAGCUAGAGAAGGAGUUUCUGUUCAAUAUGUACCUCACCAGGGACCGUAGGCACGAAGUGGCCAGACUCCUCAAUCUGAGUGAGAGACAAGUCAAAAUUUGGUUUCAGAACCGGCGGAUGAAAAUGAAGAAAAUGAAUAAGGAACAGGGCAAGGAGUGAAGGUUACCCUCAGCCCCUCCACCCCUUCCCCAUCUCACUCUUAUUUAUAAGUGAUGGCUGCAGAGCCAGAGCUGUCUGGGAUAUAUUCAAGUGAAUGGGGAAGGGAGCCUUUCUCUUCAAAGUCCUUUUCUGCAUCUCUCUCCUCUCCUUUGCCCUUCCUUACCUGUCCUUUCUUCUCCCUGGGCCUCAGGAGGAAGUUUUGUUGAUUUAGAAUGUAGCAGUAGUUGUUUCCUAAGAAGAUGAUGGGCCACAGGAAAGAGAGAACCUAGUUGAGCCCUUAGCAACUCCCCUAAUUUUUCUGCGAAGCCCCAGCUCCCCACUCCCAGCCUGACUGCUCCCUCUCUGCAUCAAUCCCAAAGUCAACCAGGGACACCCCUGCACAGAGACACCUGCAUACAUAAAACGUGGAGUCCACAGUAAUAAUAGGGGAGAGACUCACAGCCAACACUUCAGUGAAGUGACACUUCAAAUGCAGAUAACUGUGCCCCAAAUCUGGCAGAACCGCCCAGACCAUCAGGCAAGCCCAGGUUUUAGUCCUGACACAAAUACAUCCCAAGAUGUCUAGAGACACAUUCCUAAAUGAGGUGCUGCAGUCCCGAGGAGGGCUCAGUAUCAUCAUACCAUCCUCAGAGGAUCCUCAUCUGUGCCCCAGCAGGGGCCCAAAGACGGAAGGGGUACACUCAGCCCCCAAGUUGGUGGGCUAGAAAGAGCAAGGAAAGACAGCAGUGGUCUCAUGAAAUUAUUCUACACACACACACUUUGUUGCAGGAAAUGUUUAAUUCUGCAUGUUGUUUUCCUCUCCUUCCAACAAAAGGAGGUCAAAUUGUGGGUCGUAAGCUUUGACAAGGUCGUCCUCGGUCCAUCUGUGCCCAGCUUGACAGAGACUGUAGCUUCUCUUGCUCUGCCUGGGCCCUGCAUUCUUCCGCAGCCCCCCAGCUCUUAAUUUUACUCUGUUCGGCCAAACCCACCUUGCACCAGCGAGUCAAGUCACCCCUUGUGGAAAAACCCCUCUCCCCCCCAUCCCCUACUAGCUCAACCCCACCAGCGGCUGGAAAGCCAGGUCAGGAGAGUCCAAUUGAGAAUUUAUUGUGAAUCGAUACCUAGCUCCCUUCCUGGGUAAGUUGUUGAGGACAGGGAGGAGCAGAGGCUCCAGUGCUCAGAGCUGGGCGCAGUCUCCUUACCCUACCCAACUCCAGACCCAGGCAGAGAGGCCCCACUCUCAGCCACUGCCCUCCCCAGGGCAAAGCGAGACCUGCCCCAGCGCCAAGCUGUGCCUCCCACGACUCAGGCCUGGACAGUGAUCUGCGGGGCGGCUGUGCACAAGCUUCUGGGGAACAGUCCCGCGUGCAAAGGAAGAGGCGAAUUGCACCUCAAUCAUGUGACUGAAGUUCACCCUCUGCUUCCCUUCUCCCCGCUGACCCCCUUCCAAUCCCCUUCAGUUCCAAGGACUCUUGCUCCUGCUUCUCCUGACCCUGCAAGGGGGCAUCCCAGUAGAACUUUCUUGCUUUGUUGGUGGCUGUUGUGAAAUUGUGCUGUGUUUUGUGAUUUCUUUGGGGGUGAUUAUCUCGCCUGUUUCAGU